GUGUUUUAGUGUGUGUAUAGUACACAGGAUCUUUCUCUGUCUUUUGACACCAUCUACCACGUUAAAACCGUGAAAUGGUAGAAAAAGGUUAAAAGUGAAACCCCAACCGCCGUUACCACCACCACCGCCGCCGGACAACCACUUCAAGAUUUCAAGAACUCCGGUAAAUCAAUCGUCAUCUCAAUCUGAAAAGUACAACCUUUAUACCCACCCCACCGACAGUUAAUCUCAAAGGGGUUUAUCUUGCGGCAAAUCCUGCCGACGAAUUUCCGAAUUUGGUAAUUUACUAUCCUACCCUUGCUCGGACCCUCCAAGAACCACCGUACAUGGUGGGGCCCACCUCCCCACCACCACCAUCUCCUCGACAGGGCCCCACUUCCUCCGAAUUACAACUCAUACUCUACUUUCUCUCACUAAAAUCAUCAAAAAACCCUUCCUACAGAUCCAUCAAAGCGAUCUGUGUCUGUGUCCCUUAUGUAUUACGCGUUGAACUUUCAACGCCCAUCUCUCUCUCUAAAAAAUUAACACAAGUUAUCUUUUUCAUUGAUCUCUUCUUCAACCAUUAACCCCUUUUCUGUGAUCCACAAACACAAAACAUUACAGCUCAACAAACCCCCAACUGGGUUCUCUUCUCUCCAUCAAGAAAGGAAUCAAUCGAAACCACCACUUGAUUAUUUUAAUCAACAUCUUGGUUUUUAUCUUUCAUAUAUUAUAUUCCAAAUUAUAUACGUAUUUGCUGUUUACAUUUCGUUUUCGGUCGUAUUAUAAUGUGGGUUUGGUUUUCUCUCUGAUGGGUAUAUUAAAUAAGUGAGAGAAAGAACACAAAACAAGUGUAGAGAGAGAGUUAGAGAGAGAAACAAAGAGAGGAAAGCUCUCUAGUCUCUACUUUGUUCAUGGGUUUCUUCAAGAGAUUUGUCGUGUGAAGUGCGUUCUCUUGGAUUUCUCAAAGUCUGUUUCUUUCAGUGUUUAUGUGUUUAAGUUUGUGUGUAUUUCGGUGAUUCAAUGGAUACAAAAGGACGGCUUGUUGCGGGUUCACACAAUCGUAAUGAAUUUGUUCUAAUCAAUGCGGAUGAAGUUGGAAGAGUGACUUCUGUUAAAGAAUUGAGUGGACAGAUUUGUCAGAUUUGUGGAGAUGAGAUUGAAAUAACAGUCGAUGGAGAACCAUUUGUCGCUUGCAAUGAAUGUGCUUUCCCGAUUUGUAGACCUUGCUAUGAAUACGAAAGAAGAGAGGGUAAUCAAGCUUGUCCUCAAUGCAAAACUCGAUACAAGCGGAUUAAAGGGAGUCCAAGAGUUGAUGGUGAUGAAGAUGAGGAGGGAUUUGAUGAUUUGGACAAUGAGUUUGAUCUUGCAAACUAUUCAGGAAGAGAUCCUCACAAUGUUGCUGACAUGGCGUUCUCUUCGCGUCUUAAUAUCGGGCGGGGCCCAUCUAAUGCUUCUGGAUUUGCCACCCCUUCUGAGGUGGAUGCAGCCGCCUUGAACCCUGAGAUCCCUCUUCUUACUUUUGGUCAAGAGGAUGAUGGGAUUUCGGCUGAUAAACAUGCUUUAAUUAUUCCACCAUUUAUGAAUCGGACAAAACGUGUCCAUCCAAUGCCGUUUUCUGACACGGCUUCACAAGUUUCUUUGCCACCUAGACCAAUGGAUCCAAAGAAAGAUUUGGCAGUUUAUGGGUAUGGAACAGUUGCUUGGAAAGAUAGAAUGGAGGAAUGGAGGAAAAGGCAAAAUGAUAAACUCCAAAUGGUUAAGCAUGAGGGUGGUGGACAUAAUGAUGGAGAUGUUGAUGAUCCUGAUAUGCCCAAGAUGGAUGAAGGGAGGCAACCACUUUCAAGAAAGCUACCGAUUUCUUCAAGCAAGAUAAAUCCAUAUCGAAUGGUGAUAUUGAUUCGUAUGGUGAUUCUUGGCCUCUUUUUCCACUAUAGAAUCCUCCACCCUGUGAACGAUGCAUACGCCUUGUGGCUCAUUUCAGUUAUUUGUGAAAUCUGGUUUGCUGUUUCAUGGAUCUUUGAUCAAUUCCCAAAAUGGUUCCCAAUUGAACGUGAAACAUACCUUGAUCGAUUAUCACUAAGGUAUGAGAAAGAGGGGAAGGCAUCCGAGUUAGCUCCUAUAGAUGUGUUUGUGAGUACGGUGGAUCCGUUGAAAGAGCCGCCACUUAUCACCGCCAACACGGUGUUGUCAAUCCUGGCGGUGGAUUAUCCGGUGGACAAGGUGGCUUGCUAUGUCUCUGAUGAUGGUGCUGCCAUGCUUACCUUUGAAGCUCUUUCAGAAACUUCUGAAUUUGCAAGAAAAUGGGUACCCUUUUGCAAGAAGUUUAACAUUGAGCCACGUGCCCCUGAGUGGUAUUUUGCUGAAAAAGUUGAUUAUCUUAAAGAUAAAGUACACCCUUCAUUUGUCAGGGAACGUCGUGCUAUGAAGAGGGAGUAUGAAGAUUUUAAGGUGAGGAUCAAUGGGCUUGUGACAAUGGCUCAGAAGGUUCCGGAAGAAGGGUGGACUAUGCAAGAUGGUACUCCAUGGCCAGGAAAUGAUGUUAGGGAUCAUCCUGGAAUGAUUCAGGUUUUUCUUGGGAAUAAUGGUGUACAUGACAUAGAAGGAAACGAGUUGCCACGUCUUGUUUAUGUAUCUCGUGAAAAGAGACCUGGAUUUGAUCAUCACAAGAAAGCUGGUGCCAUGAAUUCUUUGAUUCGGGUGUCAGCUGUCAUCUCAAAUGCACCUUAUAUGCUCAAUGUCGAUUGUGAUCACUACAUCAACAACUCUAAAGCACUUAGAGAAUCAAUGUGUUUCAUGAUGGACCCCACAUCCGGAAAGAAGAUUUGUUAUGUUCAAUUUCCUCAAAGAUUCGAUGGUAUUGAUCGACAUGAUCGAUACUCAAAUCGUAAUGUUGUGUUCUUCGAUAUUAAUAUGAAAGGGCUUGAUGGAAUACAAGGGCCAAUAUAUGUGGGAACGGGGUGUGUGUUUAGGAGACAAGCAUUGUAUGGAUACGAUGCCCCAACAAAAAAGAAACCACCCGGGAAAACAUGCAAUUGUUUGCCAAAAUGGUUUUGUUGUUGUUUGUCAUCAAGAAAGAAGAAAGGAAAAGGGAAGUCAAAGGAGAAAACAAGCAAGAGUAAUAAGAAGAAUAAAGAGACUUCACCACAAAUACAUGCGUUAGAGAAUAUCGAAGAAGGAAUCGAAGGAAUCGAUAGUGAAAAGUCAUCACUCAUGCCUCAAAUAAAGUUUGAGAAAAAAUUCGGUCAAUCUCCGGUUUUUAUCGCUUCAACACUUUUGGAAGACGGCGGUGUUCCUCCCGGAGCAACUUCCGCAUCACUCUUGAAAGAAGCCAUUCAUGUUAUAAGUUGCGGUUAUGAAGAUAAAACCGAAUGGGGAAAAGAGGUUGGAUGGAUUUACGGGUCGGUUACGGAGGAUAUUUUAACGGGAUUCAAGAUGCAUUGUCAUGGAUGGAGAUCGGUUUAUUGUAUUCCAAAAAGGGCGGCUUUUAAGGGUUCGGCUCCUAUUAAUCUAUCGGAUCGUCUUCAUCAAGUUCUUAGGUGGGCCCUCGGGUCGGUUGAAAUCUUGUUGAGCCGACAUUGUCCGAUUUGGUACGGAUACGGGUGCGGGUUGAAACCGUUGGAGCGGUUUUCGUAUAUAAAUUCGGUUGUUUAUCCGUUGACAUCUGUCCCCUUGGUUGCCUAUUGUACUCUUCCUGCUGUUUGUCUGCUCACUGGAAAGUUUAUUGUUCCUGAGAUAAGCAAUUACGCAAGUAUUCUCUUCAUGCUCAUGUUUUUAUCCAUUGCUGUAACAAGCAUUCUCGAAAUCCAAUGGGGAGGUGUCGGGAUUGAUGAUUUAUGGAGAAACGAACAGUUUUGGGUAAUCGGUGGUGUCUCAGCUCAUCUUUUUGCCCUUUUUCAAGGUCUACUCAAAGUAUUGGCCGGAGUCAACACGAAUUUUACAGUUACGUCAAAAGGAGGAGACGAUGGCGAUUUUGCAGAGCUUUAUAUCUUCAAAUGGACGACGCUCCUAAUCCCGCCAUUGACCCUCUUAAUCAUCAACAUAAUCGGUGUGAUUGUUGGGAUAUCUGAUGCGAUUAGCAAUGGAUACGAAUCAUGGGGUCCGCUUUUUGGUCGAUUGUUCUUCGCGAUUUGGGUGAUUUUACAUCUUUAUCCGUUCUUGAAGGGUAUGAUGGGGAAGCAAAGUGGGGUUCCGACGAUUUUGAUUGUGUGGUCGAUCUUGUUGGCGUCGAUUUUCUCUCUGUUGUGGGUCCGGGUCAACCCGUUUUUGGACAGGGGUGGGAUUGUGUUGGAAGUUUGUGGAUUGGAUUGUGACUGA